AUGAAAAUAGCUAUUGAAGGUUGUUGUCAUGGUGAAUUAGAUCGAAUUUAUGAAACUAUAAAUCAAAUUGAAACUGAUCGUCAAAUUAAAAUUGAUCUUCUACUUAUCUGUGGUGAUUUUCAAGCUGUACGAAAUGAACAUGAUUUACAAUCAAUGGCUGUUCCACCAAAAUAUCGUUCCAUGCAAGAUUUUUGGCGUUAUUAUUCUGGUGAAAAACGUGCACCAGUUCUUACAAUAUUUAUUGGUGGUAAUCAUGAAUCUAGUGAUUUUCUUAUUGAAUUACCAUAUGGUGGUUGGGUUGCACCAAAUAUUUAUUAUAUGGGUUAUGCAAAUGUUGUGAAUUUUAAUGGUUUACGUAUAGGUGGUUUAUCUGGAAUAUAUAAACCUCACGAUUAUAAUUUAGGUCAUUAUGAAUUACCACCAUUUGAUGAGAAAACUAUUCGUUCAAUUUAUCAUAUAAGAAGUUUAGAUGUAUAUAGAAUCAAACAAUUACAACAAGGUAAAAUUGAUAUCAUGAUAUCACAUGAUUGGCCACGAGGAAUUGUUUGGUAUGGUGAUACACAACGUUUAUUACAACGUAAACAAUAUUUUCAUGAUGAUAUAUAUACAAAUAAACUUGGAAGUGAACCAUUAGAAGAAGCUUUACUUCAAGUACAACCAAAAUAUUGGUUUUCUGCACAUUUACAUGUUAAAUUUGCUGCAUUAGUUGAACAUACAAAUGGACAAUCAACACGUUUUCUUGCUCUAGAUAAAUGUUUACCAGGAAGAGAUUUUUUACAGAUUCUUGAUAUUGAACCAACUACUCCAUUACCAUCACCAACAAAUCGUUUAUCUCUUGAUCCUGAAUGGUUAUGUAUAUUAAGUAAAACUGAUCAUCUAUUACAUGUUCAACGUACAAAUACAUUUUUACCACCAUUAUCACAAAAUUCAUUUACUCCAAACGAAGAAAAUUUUCAAAAAAUACGUGAUGAUUUUUCAAAUACAUUUGAAAUUCCUGAAAUCUUUGAGCCAACUGGUCCUGUGCAUAAACCAGGUAUUGGUAAUACUCCAGUUGAUAUUGAACAAUUAAGAAAAAACAAUCCUCAAACAGAAUUAUUAUGUCUUAUGCUUGGUAUUCGAAAUCCAAUUGAUAUUAUUCUUAAUCGAAAAAUUCAACCUAUACAACAUGAUCAAACCAAUUAA